AUGAAAUUGCAGCUUAAGUGGCUCAAAAGCAGCUUUUUAAAGAUAGACGCCUUUGGAGCGUUUGCAACUAUUCUUACAGCAUUACUGAUUGCUACUUUUGUUUCAUACUAGAUAUAAGACAUUGCCAACCAUAAGUUUACUUAAAAAUCAUUUAGUAACCCUCUUGAUCUGACACAAAUAAUCCAUAACAUCUCUUUUGAAUCCUUUGAUUUCGCAUUCAGUAUCAGCUCACCAAUUUACUUUCAAUUGCCUGAAGAUGCUAACUUAAGUCUGCUUGGGAAGCAAGAUAUAUCUUUAUUCUACAUUUUAUUAAGCGAAUGCGAUCCAAAGCAUCUGUCCCUUAUAUACCCAGGAAAGGAGUGCGUUAGUGAUGAAGAACUCAUUAAAAAAUUCUUUAAAUACACUCAAAUCUAGUUUAUAUUUACUAGAUAAUACUUUGACUAUUAAGAAUUUAAUGUAUCACCAGUAAAGUCCUUUGUUGAAAUUUAAUUAAUAGACGUUUUCAUUGAUAAAUAAACCAAAGUAGAUGUUUAACUUUAACAAACAACUGCUAUCGGAUCAGAUUCUAUUUUGCAUUAAAGCAUCAAUAAGUUCAAUGAGACCCUAAUUACACCAGAAAUCGUGGUUAUCUCCAAAACUUUGGCCGACAACAAACACUACAUUCAAUUAGAGUUUUCUAUUAAGAACUAAUUCAAUCUUGCUGAACGUCAAGUUUAUAAUAUUGUUGAUGCAUUCUGUCAGUCUGGCGGUCUUAUAGGAAUGUUUUUAAUUCUAGCUAGAAAAUUCUUGAUGCCUUUUGUUGAUCUAGUCUACUAUUCAAGUUUGAUGAAAAGUCUUUUCUUGAUAAGUAAAUAAUCCCUGGAAAAGCAGAAAUAGUCAAAAAAUGAUACUUUUGAUACUGCGGGAGAUAGUUUCAAAUAAAAAUCCAUGAUUGAUGCAUUUAAUUUAGCCAAUAAUAAACCUGAAGAUUAUUAAAGACUAGCCCUGGAAAUAAGCAAUAGAAUCAAAUUUAAGUACUCAUCUAUUUAGUUUUUAAGAGAUACAAUAUUUGGAUGCCCAUGCUUGAGAAAAAAUAAAGCAACUACAAUAAGACAACUUUUUCUUUAUGGAAAAAGAAAGUUAGAUUAAUAAUUAGACAUCAAGAAAAUCAUUUAUCAGCUAAAAGAAUUUGAAAUCAUCAAAAGUAUUCUAUUUACAAGGCAGUAGAGGAAAUUACUUCCUUUCAUUCAGAAAAACCUAAUAGAUAGAUAGUUUGAGAAAAAAAUUAUAAAAUUCAAACCGAGGACUCAGCAAUAAAAAGAGGAAUAGAUCUUAAAUUUGAUUCUAGAACAUUUCUCAGAAAAUGUAGAUCCUAAGAAUAGUUUCAAUAAACGCAUCUUUGAGAACCUUGUAACCUAAGGAGAUGACUUGCCGACCUAGGAGAGACACAGGACACUCAAACAGAAGAUGUUUACGGGUAUUAUUAAGAAGUGUAUUCGGGCUAACACAGGAAUACAAACUAAAGAGACAAAAUUUGCAUCAAUGAAAAUCAAAAAAGGUAUCUCUCAAAGCUUCAUGAAAGAGGACGAGGAAAGCUAUGAUCAAUUUAUGAGCAAACAAAAUUAAAAUUAAGUUACAAGUUUUAGGAACAAGAGUAAAGUUCUUGAUUAGAGUGCUUUUAAUCUCGAUGAGGAUACUGAUGGCUAGCAAGCAAAUGUGCAUUAAAAAGCAAUUUUCAAAACCUAUGAUCAACUUCCAGUCAUCGAUAGCAAUAGAGAUAAUAAGGUUAAAAGGGGCAAGAUAGUAAAGAAAGCGAAGACUAGAGUAAUUAAAAGACCUAUCGAGCAUAAGCUAGAAAAUGAUACUGAGAUUUGA